AUGGCCAUGCUGAGAGUGUCAUCCUACCGCCGGCUGUUUGAGGAGGAGCAGUGGGGCAGGGCCCACGGGUCCGCCCUGAUGUGUGGAGGACAGUACCGUGCCUCGGCCAGGGGCGGGGCUGCAGUCUGCGAGUUUGGGGAGCCUGACUUCGAAGCCUCACGGACCCUGAACAGAGAGGCCAUGUCUCGUUUCGUGAAGGAGCGCACCCUGAUCGCCGCUCUCAACGACCGGCUGGCUUUCCUCAUCGAAACGGCCCGAUGUCUGGAGGAGGAGAACGAGUCUCUGGAGGCCCAGAUCCUGGAGCUGGAGGAGAGGCUAGGCAGCCAGGAGACCGCCGUCACCUCCACCGCCGCGCCGCCUGACCUCAGCCUGGAGGCCGUGGUGGAGAGACUGCGCAGAGAGAAGGAGGAGAUCUUGUGUGACACCGCCAAGCUGAGGAAGGAGCUGGUGCUCCUGCAGACACGGCAUGAGGAAGCAGUCAAGCAGAGGACCGUCAUCGAACUGGAGAGAGACGAUGUCACCAUGGAGGUGGAUGCAAUUACCACAGAAUGCCUGGCCCUGAGGGAACAAGUCGCCAUCUACGAGGAGCAGCUGGCCAGGAUGCAGAAGGAGCAUGAGACGACGGUUGAGACCCUUGUUGAACCCGGUGAUGGUGUUCCCAUGGUAACCCUGGAGUUCCCGACCCCCGAUGCCACCCCUGCCAUCUUGGACAUCAAGGAGUAUUACUAUCAACUGGCAGAGAGUCUUAAGUAUGAAACGAGGGUGGCAGCGGCCGUCGCACUGAGGGACAGGAAGCCAGGGGAGGUGGUUAAAGUCCCCGGGGCGAAAGUGACAGAUGUCUCCAAAGUGACGGACAUCGGUGAGCUGAAGGACCUGAUCGCGGAGCUUCAGAGGGAGCUGGUAGAGCUGGAGAGGCGCGGCGGGGAGCUGGAGGCUGAGAUAGAGGCAAGCAGAGCGGCCCACCUGGAGGAGAUCUCAGAGCUGGAGUGCUGCGUGGCGGAUCUGGAGGAGGCGCAGGCGGAGCUGCAGGCACAGAUGAAGGAGCAGUGUGCAGACUACGAGGAGCUGCUCAGUCAGAAGAUGUCUCUGGAUAUUGAGAUCACAGCCUACAGGGGCUUGGUGGAAGAGGAGGAAGAGAGGCUAUGCUACCUGUAA